GAUCAUACCACAAAGUAGAGAUCAUUCAAUUUGAUUUUAUUUUGUCGAGAUGAAUUGGAGUUAAAUUUGUAGUUCUUUCUGUGAACCAAUCAAUGGAUAUUUCUAUUGUCGUUGUUGAAGUAAUUACUUGUUUUGAUGGCUCUGAUAUUUAGGUACUUAGUUUGUAGUCAAAGGCUGAGUGUUAUUCUUAAAUUGAAACAUGAAAAUUGUCUUUACCUGUUAUUGCCAUUGAUUUUGCAUUGUCUUAUGAAUUAUUUUUUGUAUCUGAUAUUUUUCUUUUCAUGUCACAUUCCUCAAGGGAAGGAAAUUCAUUUAUGAAGAAUGGAAAUUGCUCCAUUAAGAAAAUUGUGUAGCAACCUAAAUUUAUUUUUCUCCUUUGACCUUUUUGGCGGAUCACUACAGAAAUGGGAAAAACUCACCUUGUCACAGAGUGUUACAUUGUCUACCGUAACCAGUUCACUUGGCUAUAUAUUGCUGCUUUUAGACACUUGGGCACUUGUUGAUGCUACUGCAAAAGGAUAUAAUGACUCAAGCUGCAUGUUCUUGGAGAUGCUAAUCAACAAAGGUUGUUUGGGUGUAGUUCCUCUUACUUUGAACCAACAAAGAAUGACUACUCACUACUGCCUCAGAAGGAAAUUCUUUAGCAAUCACUGACAUAAUCCUCCUCCAUUAGUGGAACCCGAGGUGAUUUCUUACAUAAUUGUCCUUGAAUGGAAUGCCGCCUGCAAAGGAAGGCAAUUUGAUCGGAUUUUUGGGAUCUGGCUAGAUGGGGUCGAGCUUCUUAGGAGCUGCACUGCAGAGCCAAGAGCUACUGGGAUUGUGUGGAGUGUCAAGAAGGACAUAACAAGGUAUUACUCUUAGCUUGUUAAGAAUGAGACACAAAGUCUUGCUGUUUAUUUGGGUAAUUUAGUUGAUCGAACUUAUACUGACGUUUAUCAUGUGGACAUAACUGUUUACUAUUACCCUGCUGAGAAGAAAUUCAAUGACUUUGAGAGCAAUUUGGAGAACUUGGCAUCUGGGUGUGGCUCGAGGGCUGAUUUAAUCUUACCCAUUUCACGGAAUUUUCCAUUGAAUGAUGGGUUGUGGUAAGAAUUCCACAGAUGCUGAGGGGAAGGAAAUCAAAAUUCCUCAAAAUGUGUUUAGGGCUGUGUUAGAGGUGUAUGUGUCAUUCCAUGAGAGUUUUUUGUGUCCCAAACAUAAGAUAUUGCCACGAAUUACCCCUUUGCAACCAAAGGAAAAGUGAAUCAUCAAAAAAUGAAAGCCAUGAUGAUUUUUCUUUCAAAUUCUUCAGCAAUGAUUUCCCAUUCCUUCCUCUAAAAAAAAAAUAAAUAAAUAAAUAAAAGACAAAAGAAUAUAGAUGAGUCACCCGUCAACCAAAUUAUCAAGUAAAACCCAUUUUCCAAUUUGGUUACGAUCAGAGGCGGAAAGUGAGUUAUUAUUCCCCCAAAUAUGGAAAAAAACAACAUCAAAUCCACACGUCAGAUAAACAUAUCAAGAUGCAUGAUACUGCAGCCCCUUUUAAUUGAGUCAUUCCCCUGCAACCCUCACACAGAGUCCUGAGUCCUCAAAUUUCAAUCUCAAUACUCUCCUCUCAGCCUUCGGUUAACCAACUCUCCUCAAGGUACUCUUUUUUCUCAUGGUAGAUUUGUACAGUUUUUUUUUUAUGGGUUUUUUAUGUGAUCUAGUUUUUUUGCCAUUUCUUUUUUUCUAUUUUUUUGAAGAUCUCCUCUUCACCCUCAAAUCUCAAUUCCUAAUAAUUUUCUCUAGGGUAUUAGAUAUUCGUUGUUGAAUAUUUUGCUUUGAUUUAUUUAAUUUCCAGUGAUUUUUUAGAAAUUUACAUAUGAUGCACUUUUAUUUGAG